UGAUUAUCAUGUCUGUGGAGAGGGGCUGAUGAGAGGAAAAGUGGCAAAUCGAAUGAUUGAUGCAUUUGUAAAACGGAUAGUUAGCUAUGUUUCGAUCGCUGCUUGCCAAGUAUUAUAGUAAAACGUAUCAGAAUUGUAAGAUUCCAAUUUAUACCUUGCAUUUCCCUCCUACGCCGGAGGCAUAAGGCGGCCCUAGGGGGGGUUAUUGAUACGGUUACAUUUUCGCUAGCUAUUUUGGCUAGCCAUGCUAACGCAAGCUGGUUAGCUUUGUUUACAUCAAGUGCGCGCCUGGGAUAUGUUAGCUCAUUGCUAACCAAACAAAUGUGAGAUAUUAGGAGCAGCUCUCCGUUCAUUUAUCUAUCAACUGGAAGACAGCGUUGGAUAUUAAAUGGGCUCUAUGGCUAUCAUCUACCACCUCUCUUGUAAAACGUUUGGCUGAAGUCGUAAGCUAACUCGAGCUACAUAAUGCUAACAUUUUGAUCAUGGAUCGUCUGAUCUUUUGAUUCAGUGUUAGCUGUAAGGCAGCUUCGGAGAUAAUGUGAGUAAUUAUAAGCUAGGGUCUUAUUGGUCCUAAUAAUCAGGAACUGAAAUAGUGAUUAGGAAGGUCUCAUUGGUGUAUAGUAACUACUAUUACCGGUGAUGCUAACUUUAGCCAGCCGCCCGCCAAGCUAACUUGCGCGUUCAGUGAUAACCGCUUCAGCAUGUUCGUUGUCUGUUGUUGUGUCUAUUAUUAAUUCAUGUGCCUGCAUUGACACACUGGAGUGGCUCAUUGUUGCUCCUCCAGACCAGUUUAUAUUUCCUCCAUCCACCCUGAGACUUGCCUAUCUUUAGUUCCGUCUGGCUGGAUUUUUUUUUGCCCAGGCCGUGCAUCACCGAGGCUGCGGAGUACCGCUAUGAACCCCGUUAAUGCUACCGCUCUGUACGUGUCCGCCAGCCGGGCCGUGCUGCAGUGUGACCCGCGGCAGCCUCACACCUUCGCGGAUAUGUACACGCUUCUCCCCUUCUUCCGACAGUCCCUAGCAUGCCUUGUCUGUGGUCAAUUGCUCCAGGAUCCCAUUUCCCCAACACAUGCAGAGUGUCAGCAUUUUGUCUGUUUGGGCUGUAAAGGCCAGAAGAUGCAGUUAAGGACGCCGUGCAGCCGCUGUAAAGACUAUUCCAGCUUCCAUGAGAACAAUCAGCUCUCUUUGCUGGUACAAUGCUACAGGAAGCUCUGCCUCUAUGUAACUCACUCGCCGUUGCUGCAAUCGAUCAGCACCCAUCUGGGAGGCUCUCCAGAGGUUAUGGCCUUGCUGGAGGAGGUGCUUAUGUCACAUGAGGAGGAGAUGGAGACAGAUGACCCGAGCCUAGCCCAGGAAGAUGUGAAUCCAUCGGCCCCUGAGUCCCUCACCCCCACAGAGGCACCACCUGCUCCUGCAGAGCUCUCAGCUGUGCCCCAGAGCUCCUCCUCUGACCCUCCCCAUUCAAAUGGACCACAAGAAUGCAAUGGAGAAGUGCUGGAGGACCUGGGUCCCUCUUCUCCUGAGCUGGAAGUAUGCGAGCUGGUAGAGGAGCAGCCACAGGCAGGCCUAUCUGUGUCCAAUACUGGUUGUGGUGGUCUGGAACUGAAUUUGACCACUGGACCUUUAGCCCCUACUCCAGGCACUGUGUGCUCACUCAGGGACGGGGAAUCUAGCAGCAGGGAGCUGGAGGAGGGGGAGGUGUUGCUCCUCAGUGUGGAGGAGGUGUUACAGACUUUGGAUCCCCUCCAGCCCGGUCGAGAUUCUCCUCAUACACAGCCAGAACAUAUGCACACUCACACACGCAUCACAACGGACAGAGCACACGCUCAAAUGUACAUACAGCUGGACGCCGCUCACAAUUACACACAGAUUCAAACAGACAGGACUAACACAAUGGCGAGUCAUGGCGCUCACAUACACGCAUCCUCUUUUGUUCCCCCUCUGACCUCCAAGCCCCCGCCAGUCCGCCUUAAACGUAAGCGCUCUCGUUCAGAGAGUGACAGGGAAAAGGUGAAACCCCUUCCCAUUGCCUCCAUCCUACAGGGCCCCUCCUCACAUUCACACACUCCAGUCCCCUCUCAGACACUGUACUUGCAACCGCCUACACCCUCCCUAACUGUACAAGCACACUCAUACUCGUCCCUUUCCAAUGGUGCGCCCCCUAAACCCAGUCGCCCUGCGCCAAAUAACAAUAAAGCUGCCAGGAAGCAUGUCGAAGCUGGCCCUAAAAAGCCCCAUCCGAAGGCCCGCAGCGGUGGAGGCUCCAAAACCAAGGACGGAAACAAAGAGCAGAGGUUGAUGUCUGGCUGUCAUGUGCCCCCUGCGCCUGUUAGGCCUCCCUAUAAGAAGCCAGUGGAGAAGAAGGGCUGUAAGUGUGGCAGGGCUACCCAGAAUCCAUCUGUGCUGACCUGCAGGGGGCAACGUUGUCCAUGCUACUCAAACCGCAAGGCAUGCUUAGAUUGUAUCUGUCGAGGUUGCCAGAACUCCUACAUGGCCAACGGGGAGAAGAAGCUGGAGGCCUUCGCCGUGCCGGAGAAAGCCUUGGAGCAGACGCGGCUCACGCUGGGCAUCAACCUCACCAGCAUCACGGCUGCAGCGGCACUCCGAAACCCGGCGACCACCAGCAUCCGCACUAACACCCUCCUCAAUGUCGCCACGGCAACAGGGACCCCUGUUACCACGGCCUUCCUGUCCCCCAGCCCCCCACAAGAGCCCACCUAUGAGGACAGCCUGGAGCUGCUGAUUGGAUGAGAGGCUGGGACUCCAAAAAUAGAUGGCUCGAUGCUGAUUGAAUGUGAUGGCUGAUCAUUGUUUCUGUGACCCCCCCCCCCCCCCCUCCCCUCCCCUUCCUCAAUCUAAGGCAGCUAUGGGUCUGUCCUGUUCUGUAACCUGCUCUUCUUCUGUGUUGGAAAGUAGUAAGACUAGCAUGGGUGUGCCAAAGCCUCCUGUAUUGUGCCUGUGUGCCGGUGUGUAUUGUUGCCUGUCUGUAGUUAAUCACCUAUACUCGGUUCCCAGGCUGUCCUGUACUCCAGAGGUGCUUUUUGUUCAUAAACCACAGACAUACUGUAAGAGGCAAUAGGAACCCAUAAUACCAGGUUUUGUGUUUGUUAGUGUGUGCGCCGCUGUGAUGAUACCUGCAUCAUCUCAGUCACCUGUUCAGUGCUUUCUCACGUGUGAGUGUUACUCCAUGUAUGUUAAAGAAAUGCAUUACUGGUAUCAGGAUGGCCCUUACUAAUCCUUAACCCCUGUGUGUUCACAGCGUAAUGGUGAAUGAAUCUUGUGACUAAUCUAUGGAGAAGUUAUGUCCCACACAAGUCUCUAUGCCUUUUCUAUCUCAUUAACUCACUCAAUCCAAGUACUGUCGGCCGAUAACGAAUUUGUCUUAAUGAACUUGACUGAUGCAGGCAUUGUACACGCAGCGAGAUAAUGUCAAAGCACUUGGCUGGCUCCACGGUUUCUGUGAGAGUGUGUGUGUGAGUGUGUAUGCGCCUGCUGAGAUUUACUGUAAUGUCAGUGCGGAGGCGGCUGGUGGGUUGAAAGCACUUAGUCUGAUUGAUCGGCCAAAAUAAAACUGAAACCAUUCUUGGUAACCAUAGCAAUAGGAGCAUCAACAAGGAGCCUCCCAGCUCUGGUGCACACAUGCAGUUGUUUACAGUAUUGCCAUUAAUAUAGACUAUACCUGGCUAUCUUCUAAACAUAUUACACCAUUAUGGAUAUGACGUGCGUGUGUGUUUAGAUAAACUGAAGCCAUAGAUUGUCAUUAACAAGACAAAGUAUCCUCUGCGUGUGCAUAAACCCACCCCCAGUUGUAGUGUCCUGACUGAUUAGUGACCAACUCAGAAGCUAUUUUUGAUACCAAGUAUUAGAGAUUUGGUAACACUUGUCUUUUUUGUGUUUUGGUUGAAGCACCUUGAAGCCCUCCUAUAACUCGAGGCUGUGUUUUGUCUGUGUUUGUGUUUACUGUCUCAGCUGUAACUACAACAUGUUUGUCAGUCCAGUCACGGCAACCAAAAAGAGACUGAAGGAGAGAGCGGGAGGACUCAGGCUGACCAAACUUACACCGUGGUCCUCAACUCAUAGACCAGGAAGUAGCAGGAGGAUGACAGUACGGUCAGAAAUCUGAUCUAUCUUCCUGCGCGUGUGUAUGUUUCAAAAUGUAUUUCUUUUGGGCAUUACUUGAACCCUGAUUAGUUUUUGGUAUUGUUUUUUUUAAUGUAAAAACUCUUGUUUGAGGAGUGACUCUUAUUCUUGCUGAAACAUUCACUGCCAUAAUAUGGAAACAUGUAAUACAACAUGAAUUAAAUGAUAGUUUUUUA